UUAUUGAUUCGUCAUAUUUCUCCUAAGCCGCAAUCUUAAAAAAAGAUUUCGAAAUAUCCGUGUGAGCUGCGUGAAAAGCCGGAGUGGAGACGGAGAGAUGCGUUGCUUAUUGGCGAGCAUCAUUGUUUCUGUGUUCAGUGCCACCAUGGGCCAUUUAACACCGAGCUCUGUCUGAUGCUAACACUUCAUUAGCUGUACCCUGAUUCGUUUUUUAAUUAUUUUAUUUUCCCCCCUGCUUUUCUAAAACGAAAAGAUAAAUGUCGCCAUUUGUGUUUGGCCUGUAUUAAAUCUCUAAUCUUUUCUGUUCCACAGUGUAAUUGUGUAAACUAAGAAAGCUCAUAUUGUGACUUCAGUUGUUCGACAUCACACGUUAUAAUUAGCCAGUUAUAGCUAAAGCAGUAGCAAAGCCACGGUUAUUUGUCUGGGAGCAAACUUUUUUUUUUUAAAUGAAAGAAAAUCAAACGACCUCUCUAAAUAUCUAUCAUAUCGUGAUAUAUGGUUAUAUAUUGUGUGUAAGUUUGCUAUUUUAUCCGCACUUGAUGUGAUUUAGUCAGCUAGUCGAGUAGCGCGGUGCAUGCUAGCAGCAGUGUGUUGACCAUCACGGGGAUGUUUUUUUUGUUCGAUACGCUAACGCUGAUUUACUAGAUGGCGAUAAAUUUCAUCUCGUGUUUGAUUGAUCGAACCUGGGUAGUAGAAACGCCUACCUUCUAGUUUGUUCUUCUUCAUUUAAAUAGAAUUAAAUGCUAGAAUCACAACGUAUCCUUCAUUUAAUUAUGGUGCCUAGUGAACUGCUAGCAAAUGUUUGCUAGCUACAUGGCUAAUCAUUGAGCUAGACGGAGAUUGAUAUGUUGACUAGCCUGAGAGGUGGAUUAUAUAAACGCCUGUAUCAGAUAAGCUUUGGUAAAGGUUUCUAAAUACAGUGAUCCGCUGUUAAGAACCCCGUUAAGAGUGCUGGUUCAAUUGCGUCCUCUAUUUAAAAGAUGAAGAAGCAGCGGAGCGGCUGUGAUCCCUGUGUGUGAUCCAUUAUUUAUGUAAAGGACAUUAGCAUUGAUAGCGGGCUAGCUCACUCGACAGAGCUCCGUUAGCUGCUUGCUAUCGUGUGCUAGCUAAUGCAACCCGCACCACAAUAGAUGCUGCUAUCGCCAAACCAAAUCCUCGCAAAAUCUAUCUGUUUAUCUGAUUUUUUUGGGGGAGAUGGAAUCGACUAAUCAUUUCAUGGAAUCAAACGAAAAAGCUUAGUUAAGGUUAGAAGACAGCCGUGUAAUCCGUUCAUCUUUGAGAGAUUUACUCGGCCAUUUUUAUUUGAUGAUCAUGAUCUCUCUCUUUCACUCUUCAGUAAUAUUGCACCAUAUGUGCAUUUCACCCAGAUUACACUUUUUUUUUUAAAACUGGAAAAUAAUUAAUAUUACUUCAACAAACAGUCCUGCCUUUUGUAACAGGGGUGUAAAAGCCAAAUGCAGACAAUUUCAAAUUCCCAUGAACAAUAGUGAUUGUGUAGAGCAGUGAAACCCAAAUAUUUAAGCUGCCUUAAAAUCUGGCUCUCCAGGAUCUCAUCCAGAGUUCCUCCGAGUCACGACCAGCAAAUAUUAAGAGCGUCUGAUUAAAAUUCAAGUUUUAUGCAUGCGGUAAAAAGGAUCAUCGUGUCUGAUAUGGUUACGGUGCUUUUUACUUUACUGAUCAGCCUUUCUGGGCUGUUCAUGUGUUUCUACCCGGAAUAUCAUGCUCGUGGAUGUAAAAUGGGUUGCGUAUUCGUAUUGUUUGUUUAUAUCUUUGCAGUGGAUCUCAUCUUUUGAGCUAAAUGACCGUUGCCCUCUUGAGCAACCGACCAUGAGUAUUAUCCAGGACAAGCUAGGCAACGAGUUUCUGCGCAACGGCAGCAUGGACCCCAACUUUGCCCCCAGCAUGAUCAUGUUCAGCCAUUUACCUCCAGUCACCAGCUUCACACGACUCACCUCACAGCCGGUGGUGACUGAUGUACCGCAAGAGAUGGUCCUGAAGAAAGAGAGGGAUUCUCCGGAGCAUGGUGGCGGUUUUCUGCACAGCAUGGGCAUAAAGCAGGAGAAGUUCACUGAGCUUGACUACCGCAUCCCACUGUAUGGAACAGGCUCAGGGACAGGAGGAGGAAAGAGUUCAGACAUGCUGGACAUUUCACUUGGAAGUCACCAGAGCAUGCUUCUGCAUGAUGUCAACAUCAGCAGUCAACUUCCUGGAAGAUUAGGGAAAGACCCAAAAGACUCGACACACAGAAAAGGACGGAGGGCAAAUGGGGAGGGAACAGAGGGCAGAGGCAGAAGGAAGCGAGGGGAUUCCACAAAGUCAAUGAUGCUGGAUGGGGAGGGAGGACCGCUUUCUCCCAGCUCCAAGCCACACAUAUGUGAACACUGCAGCGCCGCCUUCCGCAGCUCCUACCACCUGCGCAGACAUGUGCUCAUCCACACAGGUGAGAGGCCUUUCAGGUGCAGUCAGUGUAACAUGAGCUUCAUCCAGAAGUACCUGCUGCAGCGGCAUGAAAAGAUCCAUAGUGGGGAAAAGCCAUUCAGCUGUGACCAGUGCAACAUGCGUUUCAUUCAGAAAUACCACAUGGAGCGACACAAGAGGACACACAGUGGAGAAAAGCCAUAUAAAUGUGAUACUUGCCAACAGUAUUUCUCUCGUACUGAUCGUUUACUGAAGCACAAGAGAACCUGUGGAGAAGCCAUAAAGAAGGAUCUGGACCCAGGGAUGCUACACAUUGGAGAUGAAGACCUGGGACAAGGCAGCUACCUACAAACUCAGGGAAAUGUCAGUGCACCACCACGCAAGAGAGGCAAGUCCAAGAACAGUGGGGAGGGUGGAGAGCGGCGGAGGAAAAAAACAGCAGCUUCAGGGGCAGGCCAAAUGGUCGGCCUGCAAGACUACACCGUAGACAUGGCCGCUGGCUCUGGAGCGUCCUCUUCGGGGGUGGGGAACAUGGCAGACACCAGCAUGGCAAACCAGCACGUUCGCACUCCCAAGCUCGCCUUCAAGAAAGGUGGACGCAAGGGUGGGGACAAGAGCCUGCUCUCAAUGGGUGAGGCCGGCUCAAGCUCAGCUCUGCAUGAGCAGAAACUGUUACCUCCGAAAUCUAGUCCCAUGGAUCUGCCUGGACCAGGAGGAAUGGAUGGUCUAGGUCUCCUCCAGAGUUCCUCAGAGUCAAAGCAAGGUGGCACAAGCAGCAACUACGACGAUGCCAUGCAGUUUCUGAAGAAGAGGAGGUACUUGCAUGCGGUGAACAGUAGUGGUGGUGGGAGUGGUGACUACGGCUCAGUCCACCUUCCUCCUCAGCAGACGGUUAUCCAAGGCGGUAUUGGUGAACCCACACUGGCGUUACUGGACACGUCACCUCUGGUCAGUGUUGACAACAAGCACGACAAGUCAGGCAUCCCAGAUGAGGUACUGCAGAGUCUGCUGGAUCACUACUCCCAUAAAAGUGAUGUGACUUUUGACCUCUCGGAGCCACAUCAUGUGGAGCUGCAUACUGCUUCAGCGACACCUGAGCUGGGAGCAGAUGAAACCUCCUCGAACAGCUCAGCCGACAAAAGUGGCGUGAUGAACGAGUAUUCCAAGUUCCUGCUGCAGACUCUGGAGAGGACGAGCCAUGGCGGUAGUGGUGUCUUUACAUUCUUCCCAGAGAAGCACAUGUAUGCUGCGUCUCCUCUGGAGUGUACCUUCAGCCAGUCUGUCUCCUCUCCCCACGGUCCCUCAUCCGCUUCUGUGCUACCAAAGUCCCACUUCAGCAUGCUAGUGGGCUCCCAAUCUCCGUCCCACGCCUCGACUUCCUCCCAGCAGGCCUUUCACCUGAGUGCCCUAGAGCCCUCGGCCCACCAGCAGCUCACGCCGUCUCAAGAGCUCACUGAGCAGUUGGACACCCAGGAGCUUGCUAAUGGCAGCGGGCAGAAGGAGCAGCAGGUGAAGAAUGGCAAUGCCACCAGUGCAAACAGCACCAGCAGUGGCUCCACUUCUGUCUACUCCCUGUCUUCACCAUCUGAUCUGACAGCCCUGGAACCAUCCAAGGAGGUGGACAUGCGGCCCACGUUUCAGAUCGAGAACUUCGCUCAGGCAUUCGGCUCCCAGUUCAAAUCCGAGCGCCGAACCCCGCUGGCAUACAGUGCUGACCCCCAGAUCGUUGUCGUCGAAGUUGACCCCCGAAUAUCGCGGACUCCCAUGUCAGAAUUCUCAGGGUAUACCAGUCUGUUAGCUGAAGUAAAUGAGCCAGCUAGCUCAGGAACCAAAACCCCCACGAGCCAAAGCUACAGGUAAAGGUUUUGGUAGCCAGCCGAACCCGACAGUUUGGGACAAGGACUUUCCCCAGUACCCUUAAUCCCAUUUCCCUCUUUUUUUAAAGCAAAAUAAAAUAUUAAUUAUUACACUGCCAUUAAUUGUUAAUACUCUACCAGGGAAGGUCUACCUGACCUCAAAUGCAAUUUUUUUGAUAUUCUUUUUUUAAUGUGUUUUAGUUCCUCGUUUUUAUUAGUGUAGUCAUUUCUGUGGUUAGAGGGUAGAUGAUGAUUGACUUGACUUUUCAUAAACCCUGUGUUUUAGCAAUCAGGAUAGAAUUGUAAAAUAGAUGAAGAUGAUCUAUAGUAAUAACUAUUGUCAGGGUGUGGCCCAGUAUUCAGUGGCAAGAAAACGUCGGCCUAUUGUCUGUUACAAUAAUUGAAAGUAUUACUCAGGAAAAAACAUUUUUUAAAAUAAUUAGGUGCAACUAGCACUGCUCAUUUUUUUUCUUUUUUUUAUAUAAAAACAAGCAUAGUUUAAAACUACAGUGAAAUAUUGUUUUCUGAAAUUCCUUGGGGGGGGGGGGGGGGGAAUCAAAUCCACACUCAGUCUACCUGUUCAGCUGACCACACUGGUGAAUCUUUCCACUACUUGUACAUGUGCAGAGAUUAUGGUACUUUUGUCAAUGUGAAAACACUUUGCAUACGUUAAUCACUAAAGGACAGACGUAAGACACAGUCAUAAACCUAAAUACACACGCUCAGUCCCAAACAAUGCUCAUGGAAUUCUGUGUGCAUUUAAGUCUUUUUAAUAGCAUCUUUACAGCUACUGAAAUGUGGCCUCAGGGUUUGUCGUACACAGGCUGAUUUAUGCUUCUGCAAAUCUGUGAACCCGUGCGGGUCUCCUGUAAAAAUAUUCGCUUUAGGUGUUUGCCACGACACUAGAGGGCAGUGUUGCAUGUAACAAACCAGAACGUUCUGAACUCAAAUCAAAGAGGAGAGUCUCAUGCUGUACUGUAGAAGAGAUGAUGAAGUAGGAAAGUACUGGAUGCAGUUAAGAAGUUUAGUUUUUACGUUGAACUUGAUCAUUAAUGGCAGUAUUCUGCUGAAAUGUGUUUUGCAUUGCUUUUGGAUUAUUCAUUCAGUAAAACUCUGGAAAUAUUCCCCAGGUUUUUGCUAUACAUCUCUCGCUCCUGUAGUUUAUUGCCCUUAAUUUCGUAAAGUAGCGAGCUUAUAAUAUCCUACCUUUUCUGCAAGUCGACCCUCAAUUUUGCUCAUGAGUUAGUUCUGGUCUGGGUGUAGAGCUGUUUGGGUCUCAUCCCAACUCUGACCUGAUACUUUCCUGCUCAGCCAAUCGUACCCCUUUUCGACUAACAGGGAAUGGGUUCUUGAAUCGCUUCUGUUCAGGAUUCUUUGAACCUUGGUGCAGGGCUAGUGAACCAGCCCGCAUUUUCACCAGUUUUGAGUAGAACCAUUGUAAUCAAGGAUGCUUCAUGAAAGGAGGGCAUUUCACAACCAGAGUAAACAGUAGCAGCAAGGUGCUGGUGUGCAUUGAUUUGAUUAUCUGAGCUUUUUUCUGUUAUUGCAGAUACUUGUUUUUGGUCCCUCCCCUGAAGAUGCAUCCUUCUCCAUUGCUGUGCUCCGCUUCCUCUCCAAACUAAUGACACGCCCACUGAUGUCAUGGUUCAUGCUGAGAAAACCAGCUAUAUUUUGGUUCCAACUGGGAACCAACUUUUCAGGUUCCGAACCAAUUUAUUUUUGGUUGAAAUGCUCCGAACGGUUGAAGAACAGAACGGGCUCUCUGUUGGUUGAAAAGGGGUAUCGGUGUCUUGCAUAACAGAUUGUCAUGAGGUUUCUGUUGGUUCCCCCUCAAGCUACACUAACCCAUGUACUGUAUCUCCUUGUCUCUGUGUUUUGCAGAAGUAUAAAUCAGCCGUAAAUCAUACCCCCGUUGUUAGACGUCAGCUCUCAUCCCUUUCAUUUCUCAAGGAAUCAUAUUAGCACUUUUACCACUGAAGACAAAAACUGUUGGAUUACAGAUACAUACAUGCUUUUGUUCAGAGGAAAGCUGUGAUUUUUUUUUUAACAUAACGGAAAUGGGUGUUUAUUGCUGGGGCAUUUUUUUAUUUUUUAAUAUAUAUAGUGGGAUGGGAGGGGUAUUAGCAUGAUUUUGUUUUAGUAAUGCUAUCAACAUGGAUGCCAUACCAAUUUUUGUGCUGUGGAGCCUUGGGUGUAAGUACAGGGCCUCUGUAUUCAAAGUGUAUUUAAGUAUUAAGUUGAAUUUUUUUUUUUUUUUAAGUGAAUAGCUGCAUUUGGAAUUCUACCUCUCAAAUUGCAAAUUUGAUGCCUAAUGGACAAAAAUGCAAACUUCCCUUUCAAGGUCAUGCUUGGAGAACCAGGUUGUGGACUUUUAAACUCGUGCAAAUCUGAAUUUUUUUUGGACCUGGACCUGUUGAAUUUUUGUUGUUAGCCAUGAAAUCAGGAAUCACACAGCAUGAAGAGACUUGUGAAUCUGAUUACUGUUUUCCCCCACAAAUGCAAUCUUUGCUGUGCCCGUGAACGGAGCAGGAAGACUCCUGUGUCUUCCUUCCGUGUCUCCUGCUCCUAUCCAGCAUGAAUGGGACCCAGCUAUUGGCCUCAGUCCCUUCACAGAGAACUGCUGAUUGUGCACUAGUCUCGGGGCUCAAAACCUAAAUGCUGCAUUCUCCCAUACAUUUUUUUUUUUUAAAUGUAAAAUAAAAAACGGUGGCAAAAAGAACACAAUUGACCUUAAUAUACCUCAUAUCACUGUAUACACGACAAAACCAGGGACGUGUUUCAUGUAGCCUAUAUAGUGGUAAUAUUGUAGUGUACAUCAGCCAUAUUGUAGAAUCAUAUAAUGCUGCCUGUGUUUACGAUUAUAGUUCAUGUUGGUCUGUUGGAUUUUUUUUUUUUUGGUCUGUUAAGCAAUUUUGCCAAGCAGUGUUUCCUUGUAGAUCUCUUUCCCCUUAGGAUUUUUUGAAUUUGUUUUUCCCCUUGUUUUUGUUCCUUGCCAUAAUGUGUGUUAAUAUGAUCUCUAGAAAGAUUUUGUUUACAGUAAUGUGCAAAACACUAAAAAUGUGUUUUAUUUCCCAUUUGAUUGUU